AUGAUCAGUUGGCAUUCCGCUGUUUUUAACUGGAUUUUUGUUACAGUUCUAUGGACUCACUUAACGACAGUUGCGGAAGGAGCACAAACCUCCUGCUCCUCUCAGAAUACCGGAACGACAUCGGCAAAAUGGACGCAGUUUCAGAGCAACGGCUGGUGCUCUGGUGCCUGCAAAGGAUAUUCUUACGCUAUCUUGCAAGAUCACAACUGCUGGUGUUCUAAUAGUGGGCCCUCUUCCCAGACUGCUUUGGGCGACUGUGAUUCGGUGUGUCCGGGCUAUGGAUACGAGCAGUGCGGAAACCUAGACGAAGGUUUAUUUGGGUACAUCUAUUUGGGAACUUCUAGUGAAAGUGCAAGCUCUGCGAGCUCUAGCGGGCCUGACAGCUCAAGCUCUUCUUCCAGUCUACCAUCAAGUUUGUCAAGUUCAACAUCUCCCUCAUCAUCAAAUAGCGCAAGCUCUUCCUCGGUAGCUGCUAGUACCCAGAGCAUUUCAUCUGAGAGUCCUAGCUCUUCUCUUACAAGCUCAAGGGUAGCAUCAAGCUCCAGGGGUAGCUCCUCUGUUUCGAGCUCUUUGCUUACUCGCUCUUCAUCGCCAAGCUUAACAUCCUCAAGCUCCUCGUCGUCAAGUGCUACUGCUUCCAGUCUUUCGUCGUCAAGCCAUAUUCCAUCGAGUCAUUCAUCGUCCGGUGACUACUCAUCAGACCACUCCUCGAAAAGUUUAUCAUCGUCACACUCUCCUACCACAACUGCUUCGAGCUCUUCCUCUAAAUCUAGUUCUUCAAGCAGCCCUUCUUCAAGCAGCCCUUCUUCAACCAGCCCUUCUUCAAUCAGCCCUUCUUCAACCAGCCCUUCUUCAAGCAGCCCUUCUUCAACCAGCCCUUCUUCAACCAGCCCUUCUUCAACCAGCCCUUCUUCAACCAGCCCUUCUUCAACCAGCCCUUCUUCAAGCUUAUCUCACUCCUCUUCUACUCUUUCAACUUUAAUGUCAACCUCUUUCUCCUCUGCAUCUUCGACGCCUUAUACGCCAUCGACAAAAUUAGUGACGACGAUUUAUUACUCGGCGCAAACAGUCAGUGCUUCAACAACCAAUGGGGGAGGCGCAAGCAACUACGUUUACACAACUCGCGUUAUCACGACCGUUUAUUCUAGUCCCACUGACGGAGUAUCCCCAGCCUCAAAUGCUAACACCCUUAGCGGCCAUAACUCUAAUUCUAAUUCCAAAGGCUUCUGGGGAUCUCCCGGCAAGGUGGCUGGCACUUUUGUUGCCGUUGGAGUUGUGGUUCUUCUGCUUGUCCUCCUGGCACUAUUAUUGUGGUACAGGCGCAAGAAUCAAAGAGACGAAGAUUUUGAAAAAAGAUAUAAUGACGUGGUGGCUCCCGUGGGUAGUAACAACAGUGUCGGCCCCGCAUCAACAGCGUCGCCGAACGGUUUUAUUUACGCCGAUGAGAAAGGAAUACAGGGUCCUCCACCGUCGUCGGAAAACAACGACAACCGCAAAUCCCAAGCAACUACCAUGGAGGAUACCGAAAGUGUUCCCGUGGGAGAAGAUAGUCCUGUAGUUGUUGACCAACGACUGGAUCCUAGACAAAUGUUUUUGAUGCAAUGGGAAAACGGGGGAAGUAAAAUGUCACUGGCUGACGAUGUGGACUACUCGAGAAAGGUCUUACGGGUAAGAAAUGAGUGA